ACCGGGUCAUGCAAUUAGUCGCUUGUCGGCAUGGUGAUUGGUUGAGCAGAAAUAUGGUUCUGGUGUUACAUCUAGGAAUUGUAUAUAUAUCAAGAAAUUUCAUUGUUUUGCCGGUUUUGACUAAAUUAUGAGCUGGCAUACAUUAUCCACAUAUUUAAACAUCAUAACCGUAGUAUUUAUUCUGCUCGAGAUGCAUACAUUUGAGGCAGCACCAGUUGGUCAGAAUUAUAUUAUCAUUGUUGAUGCUGGCAGCAGUGGUUCAAGAAUGUUCGUAUACACAUGGCAAACGAAAGCAGAGUCCUUGAGUGGUUUAGAAGAUGUAGAAAUUUUAAAGGAUGUAUUGGGAAAUCCUGUGAUAAAGAAGAAAACUCCCGGUCUUUCAAGCUUUGCCAACAAGUUAUCUGACAUUCCUGAAUAUAUAUCCGCUUUGCUGAGUGAUGCUGAGUCACAUAUCCCUCCGAGUAGCCAACCUAGCACCCCAUUAUUUAUUAUGGCUACAGCGGGAAUGAGGCUUCUUACACAGACGGAUCAAGAUGCAAUUUGGAAGCGUGUUCGAAGUCAUGUGAAAUCCACUUAUAAAUUCCAGUUUAAAGAAUCUCAUGCUUACACAAUAUCUGGUGUAGAAGAAGGUUUGUUUGGUUGGAUUUCUGUAAAUUACCUACUUGGAAAGUUUCGUUUACUUCCUGGGGAUAAUGGGCCUGUUAAACAACCUACUAAUGGGAUGCUUGACAUGGGUGGAGCAAGUAUGCAAAUAGCUUAUGAAGUACAAUCGACAGAUAAUCUACCAAGCAGCUUAUUAUCGGAAUUUUCCUUAACGAGAAAUUGGUUUUCUACAAAUCAACGAUACAAACUCUACAUUAAAAGUUAUUUGGGAUAUGGAAUGAAUGCAUUUCGAAGAAAGUAUGAACAGUACCUCUUUGAGAUGUUUGGGAUAAAUAAUAGUAGUAAACAAAAAGCAUCCAGAAUUGAGGAUCCUUGCUUACUCGAAGGUUUUAAUGUAAUAAGUGAAAUUACUCCUCGUCCAGUUAUUGGUGAGAUGCUUGAACCAGCGAGUGAAAAAUUUUCUGUUCAGUAUACAGGUACGGGUAAUAUGGAUAAAUGUAUGCAAAAUGUGGAACCUUUACUUAAUUUAAAUCAAAGUUGUUCUCCAUUACCAUGUGCAAUUAAUAAUGUUGUUCAAUUGGAUCCAGACUUCAGUUCAAUGGAAUUUUAUGGCCUCAGUGAAUUUUAUUAUACUUUAGAAACAUUAAAAAUGAUCCCACCUGUUCAGUAUAAUUAUUCUUCAGUAUUAAGGAAAAUUGAGGAAACUUGUAGUACACCUUGGGAAACUUAUUUAUCAACACUUAGGAAAGAAAACACAAAUUUAUCUGAAGAAAAAUUUAAUUCAUUUAUAGGCUUUAAAAAAUUAAUAUGCUUUAAAGCUUCAUAUUUAGUUAGUGCAUUUCAUAAAGGCUUGCACUUUCCAACUAAUUAUGACAAACUUAUUCCCACUCUUGAAAUUAAUAAAAUCGAACUACAAUGGAGUUUAGGAGCUUUAUUAUAUAAAUUAAAGGCAACUACAAUAGACGAAGAAAAAAAACGGGAUAUUAUCGUCUUCACAGUGGUUAUUUUUUGUGUUGUAAUCGUUUUAAUAUUAAUAGCUAUUAUACUCUAUUUUACAGUAAUCAAACGUUUACGAACAAGUAAACAAGCACAAAAUGGUUCAAUUACAACAGAUAUGAACAACUUAGAAUCGAAUGUAAAAAGUAAUAAUGAUACUUUAAAUCAAUUAAAUGAUAAAAUGCCAUGAUUUUAAAAUAAUCAUUAUUCAAAUAAUAAACAUCCACUUACUAACACUUCAUAUCAUAAGCGCUUGUCAUAUGUUUACAUAAUGAGCGCUUUAUUUGAACUUAUUUUACUCCUAUUACAGUUAUGUACUCAUAAUUUUUUUAGACAUUAAUCUGUUAAAACAAAUGAAAGAUAAGAUUCUAUUUUAUGGAGGUGGGUGUACGCCCAAUUCUUAAAUUUGUAAUUAUUUUCUUUGACCUAAUUAUUUAUUUAUUAUAAUUAUUGUUUACUUCGAACUUAUCUUUAUUUUUGAUAAUAAAAGCCAAACAAGUUUCUCUUCCGUUA